GUGAGCACAACCGUCUGGUUUAUCAUCUGGCACAGCUCAAUACUCACUGGGACGGAGAGAGACUCUAUCAAGAAGCACGUAAAAUCAUGGGAGGAUAUUCACAGGUUCUCACUUUCAGAGAAUACUUAGGUCACAUUGUUGGUCCAGACUUCAUUGCCAGUCAUCUUUCUACCUACCCUGGUUAUGAUGAACACGUGGACCCCUCGAUCUCCAAUGUGUUCGCCACAGCUGCCUACCGAUUCGCUCACCUGAUGGUCCAGCCCCACAUGUUUCGUCUUAAUGAGACGUACGAGGAGCACCCUGUUUACCCCAGCCCAUUGCUGCACAAAUCCUUCUUCACACCGUGGAGGAUCGUCUUUGAAGGUGGUGUGGACUCAAUCAUCAGGGGCCUGGUGGGUCGUCCGGCCAAACUGAACACACAGGAUAACAUGAUGUCUGAUGAGCUGAGGGACAGGCUCUUUAAAUUCACCAGUGAGUUGGCACUGGAUCUGGCCGCCCUCAACAUGCAGAGAGGAAGAGACCAUGGACUCCCUGGCUACAACCAAUGGCGUAAGUUCUGUGGGCUGCCGCAGCCCAAAAAUAAGCAACAGCUGUCAAAAGUGCUGAAAAAUAAGAAGCUGGCCGCGAAACUGCUGAAACUCUACAAAACACCUGACAACAUUGAUGUGUGGCUGGGAGGAGUGGCUGAGCGGUUUGUCCCCGGAGGAAGAGUCGGACCUUUGUUUGCCUGCCUGAUUUCCACUCAGUUCCAGCGGAUCCGCCAGGGAGACCGACUUUGGUGGGAGAACAAGGGAGUUUUCACUGAGGCCCAGAGGGACUCCCUGAGGAACACCUCACUCGCCCGUAUCAUCUGUGACAACACUGGUAUCACUGAUGUACCAGCACAGCCCUUCCAGUACUCUACAAGGUCCAGUUUCACUGAAUGUAAAGACAUCCCUGCCUUUGAUCUCAGUCAAUGGAAGGAGAAUAUUGAGUAGAAGUCUCCCCCUGUCUGACUAAAGGCAGCUACAUCUCAGGGCAUCUGAUUUUACUGUGUGUUUAAAUGUAAGGGCAAAUAUACAUACAAUAUCUGCUGGAUAUAAAUCUGAGUGCUAGCUAUCAGUUGAAAUGUAAUAUUUUCUUAGUUCCUUUUUAUUUGAUUUUUUCCCUCUUCAAAAUGUAGAUUUUUAUUCCUGACCAAUGAAUGUGACCUCUCUGAUAAUUUACAAAAUGUACAAAAAGAAUUAUGUGGAAUAUAGUAUUGUUUGUUUUAAGAGUUAACAAUUUACAUCACCUUAAGUGUAACAUCAUGAAUAAGUGUUAUUUUGAAUUAUGACUCAGUAUCAUUUUUCUAAUAGUUUCAAGAUCUCUGGUGCUUGUGCAACAUUGGACCAUGAGACAAUACAUACUGCACAGCAUACAGGGGUCACACUGGCUUGGUAUAUACCAUGUUUAAAUAUAUAACAUUUGAUGAAGAUUAUAUAUAAUAAUCACAUACAAGUCAAAUCACAAUAAAUGAAUCCAUUGAUCAACUUAUUUGAUCAUGCUGUGUGCUACUGCUUACAUUCUUACAAAUGUUGUCUGCGGGACCUUGAAACCAUAAAUCAGUGCGUGUGUGUUUUUGGUGUGUUUGGAGAAUUUGAAUCAUUUUUAAUAAGAUGACAUUUUGCGACUGUGAACUCCAAAUGUGUUAACAGUGUUUGCCGUUUAGUUUGGUUUACAUGUAUGAAGUAAGAUAACCAACACAUGAAUACUUACCACUUACUACCAAAGUAGCAUUUAAACAACAUUUCAUGCAGCUUUACCUUCAUAGUUUCUAUCUGAGCUCUGGGGCACUAAUGACACUAACGACAUUUCAAUCAGGAAAGACUUGAUUCGAAUAUAACAAUGAUUUAUUAUACAUGGAUAAAAUAUGAAUAGUGCAAAGUCUUUGGCGAUUGGACUCCAU